AUGUCUUUUGUCACUAGAGCUGUUGUUGCCAAUUCGCGCUUCAUCAAGCCUUCCACCGUCUUCAUCAGAAGGACACAGUUGAGCCGUGCCUUCUUCUCGACAUCACCACAACAUCAGAAAGGUCCUAUUGAGGCAACAAAGGAUACCCUGAAGGCAGCCGACAGACUCGUUUCAGAUGCUGCUGUCAAGGGAAUCGAGAAAGGAGAGGCCGCAACGAACAAGAUAAAACAUUCCAUAGGAUCCACAGCGAAAGAUGCGGAACAUGGAGCACAAGAUGCUGCCAGAAAGACAAGCAGGAAGGCAUCCAACAUAGCGGAUGAAGCCGCUCAGAAGGCAGCUGAGAAGGAGGAAGAAUUCUCUGGCAAGGCAUAG